AUUGAAAAAACUGUUUGUUCUCUCUGAGCGACGAAGAAGGCGAUUACCCAACAAAAAACCCUUUCGUUAAUUUCUUUCUGGCUGGCGUCGCCUCCGGCGUCGGCCAUACUUCCUCUUUUUCGUUUGUAGUUUAUUUUCUUCAAACAUCUUCUUCACUUCAGACUCAUGAAAGUGAUCUCGAUUGAUGAUGAGAAGAGAUGGGUCUCACCGACCCUUCAAUACAUGAGUCAUGUUACGAAGGCAAAGACCUUGAAGAUGGACCAGAUGCCUCGUCGGUAUCGCAACCAUCGAAAAACACUCAGUCUUGCUAGAUCUGAUACUCUCUCUUCCAUAAUUAUGCGAUUUUGUUGGUCCCCAAUAGCCAUCCAUCUCUUUUUUAGAGCGUUUUCCCGGCGUUCACUAUUGUGUUAUUGUCGGCGUUUUGUCUCCGAUUGCGUUUCAUCUUCUUCUUGUAGCCAAGUAGUCAUCAUUGGCCCACGAAUGAAGUGGUGUUUUCGGCAGUUGUCAUUUUCCUCCGCCAAAUGGUACGGAGAUGUAAUUUGGACAUUUGAUCCUGGUAUCAUUGGGACUCAGAUUGACAGUGAAGGCAAAUUGAAGAUGUGUUUCAUGCAGACACCGUUUCAUAGUACCGGGUCGAGGCAGUGCCUAAGGAUAUGGUGGAGAGAGAUAAUGUUGUCUUUGUUUUUACGAAUAUACCUCAACAAAUUUUUGACUUGGAUAUCAUCAUCGAUCAAGGAAUGUGGACGGCCAUCAAUCAUUAAUUUAAACACGAGCCUUUGGGGAUGUCUACAUGGAACGAGAUUCAUAAGAUGGUAUUCAUCAUUUCAGCAAUUAUGGGCAUUGGAUAUAACCAAGAUAGAUGUCAUCUUCUAUUGUUGGAGAUGUUUUGAUGGGAAGCGAUGUAACAGAUGGAUCGCAACUAAUGAUCGUUUUAAAGUUUAUUGGUGUUUCGUCAAAAAAACGAUAGCCAAACAAAAUGAUCUUGUCGGAUUAAGGAAGAAGACGAAUAAGGAAGAUAAUAGAUUUGAUAAUCUAUUAGCGUGUAAGGCUUACAAAAGAAAGCGGCGUUUAAUUCACUUGUUCGAUUGUAUUUUCUUUUUAAACUUUAAUCAUUUCUUGGUUGUAUGUGUAUGUCUAAGAAAUUACUAUGUAAUCUCUGUUUCAAUUUAAA